CCAGCCGGCCCCGGCACCCGCGCCGCGGCCGCAGCCCCGCCGCCGCCGCCGUCGCCGCCCCCGCCGCCGGGGACAUGUCUAACCCCGGGGGCCGGAGGAACGGGCCCGUCAAGCUGCGCCUGACAGUACUCUGUGCAAAAAACUUGGUGAAAAAGGAUUUUUUCCGACUUCCUGAUCCAUUUGCUAAGGUGGUGGUUGAUGGAUCUGGGCAAUGCCAUUCUACAGAUACUGUGAAGAAUACCCUUGAUCCAAAGUGGAAUCAGCAUUAUGACCUGUAUAUUGGAAAGUCUGAUUCGGUUACGAUCAGUGUGUGGAAUCAUAAGAAGAUCCAUAAAAAACAAGGUGCUGGAUUUCUUGGUUGUGUUCGACUUCUUUCCAAUGCCAUCAACCGCCUCAAAGACACUGGUUAUCAGAGGUUGGAUCUGUGCAAACUUGGGCCAAAUGACAAUGAUACGGUUAGAGGACAGAUAGUAGUAAGUCUUCAGUCCAGAGACCGAAUAGGCACAGGAGGACAAGUUGUGGACUGCAGUCGUUUAUUUGAUAAUGAUUUACCAGAUGGCUGGGAGGAAAGGAGAACUGCCUCUGGAAGAAUUCAGUAUCUGAACCACAUAACAAGAACUACACAGUGGGAACGCCCAACACGACCAGCAUCUGAAUAUUCAAGUCCUGGCAGACCUCUUAGCUGCUUUGUUGAUGAGAACACUCCAAUUAGUGGAACAAAUGGUGCAACAUGUGGACAGUCUUCAGAUCCCAGACUGGCUGAGAGGAGAGUCCGGUCACAGCGACAUAGAAAUUACAUGAGCAGGACACAUUUACAUACUCCUCCAGACCUACCAGAAGGCUAUGAACAGAGGACAACACAACAAGGUCAGGUGUAUUUCUUACACACUCAGACUGGUGUGAGCACAUGGCAUGAUCCAAGAGUGCCUAGGGAUCUUAGCAACAUCAAUUGUGAAGAGCUUGGUCCAUUGCCUCCUGGAUGGGAGAUCCGUAAUACUGCAACAGGCAGAGUUUAUUUCGUUGACCAUAACAACAGAACAACACAGUUUACAGAUCCUCGGCUCUCUGCUAACUUGCAUUUAGUUUUAAAUCGGCAGAACCAGUUGAAAGACCAGCAGCAGCAGCAAGUGGUAUCGUUAUGCCCCGAUGAUGCAGAGUGUCUGACAGCCCCACGGUACAAGCGAGACCUGGUUCAGAAACUAAAAAUUUUGCGGCAGGAACUUUCCCAACAACAGCCUCAAGCUGGUCAUUGCCGCAUUGAGGUUUCCAGGGAAGAGAUUUUUGAGGAAUCCUAUCGGCAGGUCAUGAAAAUGAGACCCAAAGAUCUGUGGAAGCGAUUAAUGAUAAAAUUUCGUGGAGAAGAAGGCCUUGACUAUGGAGGGGUUGCCAGGGAGUGGUUGUAUCUCUUGUCCCAUGAAAUGUUGAAUCCUUACUACGGCCUCUUCCAGUAUUCAAGAGAUGAUAUCUAUACAUUGCAGAUCAAUCCUGAUUCUGCGGUUAAUCCGGAACAUUUAUCAUAUUUCCACUUUGUUGGACGAAUAAUGGGAAUGGCUGUGUUUCAUGGACAUUAUAUUGACGGUGGUUUCACGUUGCCUUUUUAUAAGCAGUUGCUCGGGAAGUCAAUUACUUUGGAUGACAUGGAAUUAGUUGAUCCAGAUCUUCAUAACAGUUUGGUGUGGAUCCUUGAGAAUGAUAUCACAGGUGUUUUGGACCACACUUUCUGUGUCGAACAUAAUGCAUAUGGUGAGAUCAUUCAGCAUGAACUUAAACCGAACGGCAAGAGUAUCCCUGUUACUGAGGAAAAUAAAAAAGAAUAUGUUAGGCUGUAUGUGAACUGGAGAUUUUUACGAGGCAUUGAGGCUCAAUUCCUGGCUCUGCAGAAGGGAUUUAAUGAAGUAAUCCCCCAGCACCUGCUGAAGACAUUUGAUGAGAAGGAGCUAGAGCUCAUUAUUUGUGGACUUGGAAAGAUAGACGUUAAUGACUGGAAGGUAAACACCCGGUUAAAACACUGCACACCAGACAGCAAUGUCGUCAAGUGGUUCUGGAAGGCUGUGGAGUUUUUUGAUGAAGAGCGAAGAGCACGGUUACUUCAGUUUGUGACAGGAUCAUCUCGAGUGCCUCUGCAGGGCUUCAAAGCUUUACAAGGUGCUGCGGGCCCGCGACUCUUCACCAUUCACCAGAUCGAUGCCUGCUCCAACAACCUGCCCAAAGCCCACACCUGCUUCAAUCGAAUAGACAUUCCGCCCUAUGAGAGCUAUGAAAAGUUAUAUGAAAAGCUGCUAACAGCCAUCGAAGAAACAUGUGGGUUUGCUGUGGAAUGACAGACUUCAAGGAUUUCCCCAGGACUCUAUUUAUACCCCGACCGCCAGCCUCCUUUCAGCAAAGUUUCGCAGAAUGCGGAAAUACAGGAACCCCCCCCCCUUAAAAUUUUUUUAGGACACUGUGAGGGGAAAGGACAAUUUUGAAAUUCCUUUUCAAGGGAAAAAAAAAAAGGUCUUUAUGCUUUGCCAUGAGGCCACACUCAGCUGCUAUUUAAAAUUAAUAUCUUGAACCUAAAGAAUGCUGACUUUUCCUACAUUUCCAGAGUUAGGCAGUAUUCUACACUUAAAGACUACUACUAUUUUUAUAAAAGGUAAUCUAUUCAAAUCGCUCCACAGAUUUCAAGUCUCUCAAACAUCAAGACAACUUCAGCAGUCGGUACACACGUCACAUUUCAUUUUGAUUGAAUACAUGAUUUUGAAUAGCUCCUGUACUUGCUCUUUGUAAAAAAAUAAAUAAAAUUAUUUUGAAUUAUUCUA